AUGGCGGACCCACAUGCGGGUGCUCCCGAGCCUUCUCGCACAACCACGCGAGGAACGGCAGUGACUGACGCGCCGGAAAACCUUGAUUCGACUACUGCGCCACGGACCAGAAGACAGGCUCGCCUCAGCGAUGGCUACUCUAACGCAGCUCGCUCAAUUACCGAGACUACAAGCUCCGUAGACAGCAGCGGACGCGUCACGACUCGGGACAUCUGGCGAAUGAUUGAUGGCUUGAAAGAAACGAUCGCCUACCAAACCGAGCUCAUCCAAUCCACCAAAGACGAGUUGUUUGAAGUAAAGCACGACCAGAACAUCCUCCAAACGCAGAAUGAGAAACUCCAUGAGGAAGUUCGAGCCCUGCGGGCGCAAAUUGAUGCGCUCCCGGCCACACCCGUGGCAAAAUCGUGGGCCGCAGUGGCAGCGAGCCACCCGCCUCUUCAACCAAAACACCAACGCACAGACAAAGAUCGGAACUGCGUCCGAAUUAGCACUCAGCGGUCCUUUGUGGAUCCGAGAGACAACGACAAGAGCGACCAAAACACCUUUGGGCGAUAUCUCCCAACGGAGACCGUAAACACUUAUAUCCGUACGGCGCUAUCGAACGCACCGUCCACACAAGACGCCCAAGUAGCCGGGGUUGGCACCACCAAAACUGGAUAUGUCAUCCGGUUUAAGGAUACAGAGUCGGCGGAAGCGGCCCGCAACAACACAGAAUGGCUGAACGAGCUAGGAAACAACACGAAACUAGUCAAGGCGCGGUUCGGUGUCGUGGUACACCGGACCCCGACUGAGGACUUUGACCUCGAAAACGCCAACUCACAGGCGAUCGAGAAAAUCAUGAAAGAAAAUGACCUAAACGAGCUAGGACUCCGGAUCGAGGAGGUGGCAUGGCUUAAGAAGAGAGACAAGGUGCUAGGGAAGUUCGCAUCCCUCGGCAUCUGGUUCGACACCACGGAAGGGGCCAAUCUUUUGCUAGACAAGGGCUUCCUCGUUGGCCGGAGAUUCAUCGGCAAGACAAACCUACGCGUAUUACAGCUAAACAUCAUGAAAUCGGGACCGAGGAUGGAAGCGCUUAUCAACGACCACCAGAGUCAGGAUCUGGAUGUACUCCUAAUCCAAGAACCAUCGAUCACCGCCUAUCAAACACACGUCAACCACAGCGCCUGGCGGCUAUACCGGCCGACCACCGAGACUGAGGCAGGUCGGUUUCGCAGUCUGAUCUAUGUCAACCGAAAUGUCUCAACCUCUUCCCAUCGACAGAUCGCCUGCGACCACCCGGACGUCACAGCUAUCAAAAUUUGGUCAACCGACUCUCAGUUUCUUAUCUUCUCAGUUUACCUCGCAUGCGUACCGCUAUUCACGCCGAACGAGACGUCGGCAGAACUAGCACUCACGGCAAUCCAGAACACACUUAUAGCCAACACCCAAGACGACCAAAGGACAAGAAGCGUCGUCUUGUCAGGUGAUUUCAACCGCCAUCACCCGAUAUGGGGCGGAAACCAUAUCCAACCGCGAUUCAUUGAAGACGCAAGCGAAUUAAUCAACUUCUUUCAAGCGCACUGCCUACAUAGCUGUCUUCCACGGGGAACAGCGACUUUCUGGCCCUUUAACGACCCAGGGAAGAGCACCACUAUCGACCAGACGGUAACGAACCGCCCAGACCUGCUCGUCAAAUGCCAUCUCUACCACGAAAACUACGGGUCAGACCACCGCGCAACGUACUCUGAAUGGAAUUUAAGAUCUCAGCGCCAGCCCGCCGCUAAGGCAAAGAAAGCCUACGACCGUGCAGACUGGUGUAAGAUUGCCGAAGACGUACGCCGACAAUUGGGCCCAUGGAAGGAGGUGAAAACGAGACCGGCGCUAGAUGAGACAGUCGACAAGCUCACAGAGGCGACGGCCAGGGCGGUGGAUAGACACACUCCCGACCUACGACCAACACCAUACUCCAAACGCUGGUUCACCCCAGCCCUCAAAAUACAGCAGACCGAGGUCAAUCAACUACGCCGGACGUGGCAAGAAAGUUGUGCGGAACGCGGGCGACACGACGCCCGCUCCAUAACCCUCUUUCAAGGGAUGCAGCACAAACGACGAUCAUGGACCCGCACUAUUGAGAAGGUGAAGGCGUCACAUUGGAAACAGUUCCUCGACGAAGCCGGGGAAGGGAAGCUAUGGAAAGCAGCCACCUAUAUGAAACCACGAGAAGCCUGGGGAUGUGUGCCGGCAUUGCACGUCGGUACCAACGAGCUUAUAGAAAACGAGGACAAAGCGCAGGCCUUCCUAGACGCUUUCUUCCCGCAGAUGGACGAACCCCACGAGGACUUGCCCGCCCAAGCACCUCUAGCACUUCCGUGGCAACCUAUCACUGAGCUUGAGAUUCAACGAUCUCUCAAAGCCGCAAAAGGAUCUACCGCACCUGGUGAAGACGGCCUGCCGACGCUGGUAUGGAAACAGCUGUGGAGACACCUCAAGGUCUACAUCACAGGGAUCUUCACCGCGUCAGUCAAUCUAGGAUACCACCCGAAGCGAUGGCGAAGCGCGAAGAUUGUGGUGCUGCGGAAACCCAAGAAACCUGACUAUUCAGUACCUGGGGCCUAUCGCCCGAUCUCGCUGCUUAACACUCUAGGCAAACUCCUUGAAGCGGUGAUGGCGCGACGACUGUCGUACCUCGCUGAAAAGCACGGCCUGCUACCGGACACCCAGUUUGGAGGACGACCAGGCAGAACGACUGAACAGGCCCUGUUGGUCCUCUCUAAUGCGAUUGACCGGGCGUGGUAUAAACACAAAGUGAUUACGCUAGUGGCCUUUGACUUGAAAGGUGCCUUUAAUGGAGUCAACAAAGUGAGCCUAGACGCUUGCCUCCGGGCAAGGAGAGUCCCAACCGUGGCGAGAAAAUGGAUUGUGAGCUUUAUGAGCGACCGCCACGCCAGCAUAGGAUUUGAUGACUUCCGCACCGAGGCCACACCACUAGCGAACGCGGGACUUGCACAGGGCUCGCCGCUCUCCCCUAUCCUGUUCACAUUCUUCAACUCCGACCUGGUCGACCAACCCGUCGACUCUCACGGCGGUGCAUCCGCCUUUAUCGAUGACUACUUUCGCUGGCGUGCGGGACGCACAGCCGAAGAGAACCUAGCCAAGAUUCAAUCGGAAGAUAUUCCCCGCAUUGAGGCAUGGGCCCGUCGAACUGGGUCUUGCUUUGCAGCCGAGAAAACCGAACUGAUCCAUAUCACCAGGAAAAGACGCGAACAGCUUCAGGGGCAAGUGGUUAUGAACGGGAAGACAAUCGAACCGUCGCCCACUGCCAAGCUUCUAGGGGUGGUGUUCGACCAGGAGCUUCGCUGGAAAGAACACGUCCAGCAAGCAAUCAAACGCGCAAUCAAAGUCAGUAUUGCUCUGGGCGGGCUGCGGCAUCUACGCCCAGAACAGAUGCGACAGCUCUACCAAGCCUGUGUAACGCCGGUCAUGGACUACGCGUCGACGGUCUGGCACGACCCGUUGCGAGACAAGACUCACCUACGACACUUGAACACAGUCCAGAGAACCGUAUUAAUCCGGAUCCUAUCAGCUUUCAGGACAGUGGCCACCACGGCUCUGGAAGUAGAAGCACAUAUUUUGCCAACGCACCUCCGCCUCCGCCACCGAGCGCAGAACACCAUUGCAAGCCUUCACACUCUGCCGCGCGAUCAUCCUAUUUGGGAUACACUACGGCGAGCCCAGAAACGUAGGAACAAUGUCGGGUCGUACGCUCGUUUCCCACUGGCGGAAGCCCUGAAGACCAUGAACCUAGAAAGACUAGAUGAACUAGAGACGAUCGACCCACGACCGCUGCCACCGUGGCGAGUCGAGUCCUUCACGGAGAUCGAGAUCGGGUUAGACCGAGAGACGGCAAGAGAACGGGCAGAGACCAUAGGGUCCGCAUCGACCAUCGUGGUCUACUCUGAUGCCUCGGGACGUGAAGGCCACCUAGGCGCCGCUGCUGUAGCACUCGACAAGGACCUACAGGCUGUCGAAUCCAAACAGGUCCAAGUAGGACCGAUGGACCAGUGGUCGGUUCACGUAGCAGAGCUGAUAGGCAUUUUCUACGCUAUCAGUACAGUGUUCAAGAUCAGCCAUCAGCGACCAAGCACGGAACACAAUGGAACAACAACGGCAACGAUCCUCUGCGACAGCACGUCAGCCUUACAGGCGAUCGAAAACCCAGGAAACAGGUCAGGACAACGCAUCAUCCACGCGAUCCUCCAGGCGGCCGCAGAGGUUCAAGCAAAGGGAAUCGCGCUCCGCCUCCAAUGGAUACCCGGACACUGCGACGAUCCAGGGAACGACGCAGCAGAUCGGUUGGCCAAAGACGCGGCAAGCCCGGGCAAAACACACCCCUUCCGCCCUUUACUGACAAGGAAGAGAGCGCUUAUCCGGGACAAGAUCCGCGCUCAAUGGGAGCGGGAAUGGAAAGCAUCAACCAAUGGCGGUCACUUGCGAAAAAUCGAUAGCACUCUACCGGCGACCUACACCAGGAAGCUGUAUGGGAAUUUGCCCAGGGGCCGGGCGUACCUGUUGACACAGCUACGCACGGGCCACAAUUGGCUAUCCACCUAUGCCAAGACCUUCGGCUUCCGCGACAAUGAUCAGUGCGUGUGCGGCGCGCAAGAAACAGUCACCCACGUGCUGGUGGACUGCCCAAAUUUGAGGGAAAUCCGAAGGGAGCUAAGACGUGAAGCUGGGGACGCGUUCAACGACGUGUCGAGUCUGCUGGGAGGCUCAACCGAA